AUGUGGGAAAAGUUCAAGGCAGAAAUUCUGAUGAUUAAAGGUGACAAACCUCACUGCUCUUCUGAAUGUGGCAAACAAUUAUCAGAUCUGGAGGCACCAAACAAUUCACACAGGAGAAAUUGCUGUUCUGUUUGUGGCAAACGCUUUUCACAAAAGCACAAGCUUCAGAAACACCAAAGCAUUCACACAGGAGAGAAGCCCUAUUGCUGUCCUGAAUGUGGCAAAGAGUUUUCUCAAAAGAGCCAACUACAGGGACACCAAAGUAUUAACGCAGGAGAGAAGCCUUAUUGCUGUCCUGAAUGUGGCAAGUGGUUUUCUGAAAAAAGCCAGAUCUGGAGGCACCAAACAAUUCACACAGGAGAAAUUGCUGUUCUGUUUGUGGCAAACGCUUUUCACAAAAGCACAAGCUUCAGAAACACCAAAACAUUCACACAGGAGAGAAGCCCUAUUGCUGUCCUGAAUGUGGCAAAGAGUUUUCUCAAAAGAGCCAACUACAGGGACACCAAAGUAUUAACGCAGGAGAGAAGCCUUAUUGCUGUCCUGAAUGUGCACAAGCUUCAGAAACACCAAAACAUUCACACAGGAGAGAAGCCCUAUUGCUGUCCUGAAUGUGGCAAAGAGUUUUCUCAAAAGAGCCAACUACAGGGACACCAAAGUAUUAACGCAGGAGAGAAGCCUUAUUGCUGUCCUGAAUGUGGCAAGUGGUUUUCUGAAAAAAGCCAGAUCUGGAGGCACCAAACAAUUCACACAGGAGAAAUUGCUGUUCUGUUUGUGCCAGAUCUGGAGGCACCAAACAAUUCACACAGGAGAAAUUGCUGUUCUGUUUGUGGCAAACGCUUUUCACAAAAGCACAAGCUUCAGAAACACCAAAACAUUCACACAGGAGAGAAGCCCUAUUGCUGUCCUGAAUGUGGCAAAGAGUUUUCUCAAAAGAGCCAACUACAGGGACACCAAAGUAUUAACGCAGGAGAGAAGCCUUAUUGCUGUCCUGAAUGUGGCAAGUGGUUUUCUGAAAAAAGCCAGAUCUGGAGGCACCAAACAAUUCACACAGGAGAAAUUGCUGUUCUGUUUGUGGCAAACGCUUUUCACAAAAGCACAAGCUUCAGAAACACCAAAACAUUCACACAGGAGAGAAGCCCUAUUGCUGUCCUGAAUGUGGCAAAGAGUUUUCUCAAAAGAGCCAACUACAGGGACACCAAAGUAUUAACGCAGGAGAGAAGCCUUAUUGCUGUCCUGAAUGUGCACAAGCUUCAGAAACACCAAAACAUUCACACAGGAGAGAAGCCUUAUUACUGUCCUGAAUGUGUCAAGCAGUUUUCACUAAAGAGACGCCACAGAAUUCACACAGGACAGAAGCUGUAUUGCUGUUCUGCAUGUGGCAAGCAGUUUUCGCAAGAGAGCAGUCUUCAGCGGCACCAAAGAAUUCACACAGGAGAGAAACAGCAGCUUGCGAAUUAG